UAGGUAUGCGGUAACACUCCUUGCCAUGGUUAUUAAGUUGCAGCAGUAAUUGAAUUUUGAUUAUUUACCUUCAUAACUUGGCUGCAAUCUCCAGAUGUUGUAAUGGCGAACUCUGAAGAUGAAGAGGAUUCACCAACAACAGCAGAACCGUCCCUCUUCUCAAAAGGCGCCUUAAAGCAAAGGAAGAAAAAGGCAGCUCAACCAGAGCAUCGGCCAUCCCCACCCAAACCUAAAAUUUUUACUUCCGACGAGUUAACGGGCUUUGAAGAGUUAGGGCUAUCAGAAUGGGCUGUACAGAUAUGCAGAGAGCUGGGCAUGAAGCAGGCAACACCCGUUCAAAAACAAUGCAUUCCAGAAAUCCUCAGAGGGAAGGACGUGAUGGGCAUAGCGCAGACGGGCAGCGGCAAGACGGCGGCAUUUGCGCUGCCCAUUCUGAACAAACUGGCGGAGAAUCCGUAUGGGGUGUUUGCACUGGUGAUUACUCCUACGAGGGAAUUGGCCUAUCAGCUGGCGGAGCAAUUCAGAGCCCUCGGCUCCCCACUUCAUCUGCGCUGCACGGUGGUGGUGGGCGGGAUGAAUUUGAUCACUCAGACCCAGGCCUUGAUGGAGCGGCCACAUGUUGUCAUUGCCACGCCGGGCCGUUUGAAGUCUCUGCUUACGGAAAAUCGUGACGUCCCUAAUGUCCUUUCGAGGGCCAAGUUUCUUGUUUUGGAUGAAGCAGAUCGUGUGUUGGAUGUGGGCUUUGAGGAUGAACUAAAGGCAAUAUUUCAGUAUUUGCCUAAAGAACGGCAAACCCUUUUGUUUUCAGCAACAAUGACCGGUAAUUUAAAAGCACUGCAUGAGUUGUCUGGAGACAAGGCAUACUUUUAUGAAGCAUAUGAGGGGUUUAAGACAGUUGAAUCUUUGAAGCAGCAGUAUGUUUUUGUUCCUGAAAAUGUAAAGGAUGUGUAUCUUGUCCACAUUAUUUCCACCAUGGAAGAUAAUGGCAUCAGGUCUGCCAUGAUUUUUGUUUCCACUUGCAGGACUUGCCAUCUUCUUAGUUUGUUGUUGGAGGAAGUUGGUCUGGAAGCAGUGGCAUUACAUUCUCUCAAAACACAGUCAUCAAGGCUUGCUGCUGUUCAUCGUUUCAAAUCUGGCCAGGUCCCAAUUUUGUUAGCAACUGAUGUAGCGAGUCGUGGUCUUGACAUUCCAACUGUUGAUCUUGUUAUCAAUUAUGAUAUCCCAAGGUACCCUCGUGACUACGUUCAUCGAGUAGGCCGUACUGCAAGGGCUGGGAGGGUAGGGCAAGCUGUGAGCAUAGUGACCCAGUAUCAAGUAAAGCUUAUUCAUGAAAUAGAGGCUGUGAUUGGUAAACAGCUGGAGGAAUAUGACUGCAAAGAGGAUGAGGUGCUCAAAGGUAUCACACAGGUGUAUAAAGCCAAACGGAUGGCAACAAUGAGGAUGGUUGAUGAUGGGUUUGAAGACAAAGCAAAAGAAAAGAAAGAAAUAAAACUAAAAAUGCUUGUAGAAAGGGGAUUGCUCAGUAAGGACCAUAAGAAAAAAAGGAAAAGAAAAAACGGGGACAAAUAGAUAGAGAAUGACAUUUAACGUGCAAAUCUUUCUUGAAUUUUUGUUGUUUCUAAUUUCAAAGGGUGCAAAUAAUCAGUUAUAUGCAGAGCCCAUCAUAACGGUUAUCUUGCAAUGUAGUUUAAAUCACGCCUAGUGCCAUUAAAAUAUAUUACCUUGGAGCCUACAUGUUUCAAACACACUGUCUAGCACAAAGAUUCUCUGCAACAGACAGCAGUGUUUUCAGAAGGGAAGUUGAUGGAACAAAAUGUUGUUGAGAAUUAGGCCCAAAGAAAACUAGAUAUGUGUCCUUGUAAUCAUUAUAAUGUCCGAAAGAACUUUGUAUAUAUAAUUUUACUGUUACAACUCUAGGAGGCAUUCAAUUUUAAUUUUUUUAACUAAGAACCCCAAAAAGGAUUGGCAAAGUUCAAUAUUC